AUGAAGCCCACAAAGAGCUCCGAGAAAUGGAAAUGGAGGUCUUCUGUUGCGAGCACGACGGCAUCGCUAUCUCCAUUCCAUAAUGCCCCUUCCCAAGGGGAGACGCCAGAACCCGCUGAGAGCAAAAAGUCCCGUACAUUGUCCAAAGCCUUCCGCUCAAUUAGUAGCUCCUCGUUAGAUUCAAUGUCCAGUGGACCAUCUAGGUCUGGGUCCUCACAACGAAAACUCUCCAAGACGCCAUCGGGCUCCGGAUCCAUGAUUGAAAGGCUGCAGAGGAGAGUUUCCAGAGACUCUUCCGUCAGUACGAUUCCCCCAGAAUCUCCCAUCAGCCCUGUGGAGCCUACUUUUGCCUCGAUGGAGAUGAUUCGAUAUGGAUGGUUGAAGGCCGAUUCUUCUCUACUAAAAGCUCGACCCGAAUACCUCGUUCUGGCAGAUCAUGCAUUGGUCAAGUUCGGAAGCGCGGAAGCUGCUAGAGCUAUCUUCCCGCAGCUGACGCAGACAGAGGACCGCCACGGGAAAGGCUUCCACCCUAUCCACUCCAUGAGCACCAAAUCUGCCUCGGGAGAGAUUCGACUGGAUAUACCCCUCCGGUCCAUCAUUGCGGUAUUUAAUGAGGAAUCUUCAAGCUCCCGUUAUGGUGUUGAGGUUUGGUGGCACUCGAGAGCGCCCAAGAUCGCCUCCUGCAAGGCGCACUUCUACUUUGCCCUUCCAAAAGAAAGGGAUGAUUGGCUGGCGGAUAUUCAUCAAGCGUGCAAGGCCAGGUUGAGAAAAAAUGCCCCCCAUUCGAAUAUCCCGGAGAAUGUCAAGAUCCGCAUCAACCACACAAUGCACCCCGCUGAGACAUCGGGCGAUAGUGCUUCCCUGGGCGUGAUUUUCCCAGUGGUGAAACGUGUUGUGGCGACAGCUCAGAAAGGCGCUGCUGCAGACGAAUCCCAGGAUGUCAUAGAUACCUCAACGUAUUACCUUGCCAUUGGAUCCUACCAGUGUUAUUUUAUUGAGAUCCUCAAAGCCGAUUAUUCAACGCCGCCAGGCGACCUGCGGCUGAAAACCUCGGUGUUUGGGACGGUAUCUUUGACCCGUUUCCAGGCUUCAGUAGCAUCUAACGAACAAAGAUUUACAAUGUGUUUUCGCUUGCCAUUUGGUCGAGAAACUCGCCUGGUCCUGGCGAGUACGUCUUAUCGCCGGAUCAUCGAGGCUCUGGUAAAAAUUGAUCGCGUCUUGAAACCUAUGUGGCCACAAAAUCUUCAGAACGCUAUUUUCGAGAUCAAAGGCCUUCCGGCACCCCUUCAAUUGACAUCCGGAAACGAUUUGGGCGGCCUUGAGAUAAGUCUACAAGCCUAUUGCGUUGCCUUCAGCGUACAGAUCCCCACGUGGACAAUCGAAUGGUAUACCCCAUCGGAGCCGGCUUUCCGACUGCUUGCCUCCGGUGAUUUAGAGUAUUCUCCACUUCAGCUCCUUGCGGUCUUUCGAGCAUUGAGAUACAAUAGCUUCUUUAAAGCAUUAUCAUUUCGUGAUGUUGAUCUUUCAUCACUGGCGAACAAGAAUGACUAUUCGCAGUUUGGGGACACUGUGGUAUACACAUCUUUGAGCGGCGUUAGAAUACCGGAUGACUACUAUCAGCUUCUCAUACUAGCUCCGAUUCUAGAACAAGAGAUACAUGCGUUGAUGUUUUCUUCUGAAUCUAUACGGUAUAUUGAUCUUACAAACACUGUCGGCUUACAACGAGCAAGGAGACCGCAGACUGGUCGUGGGUCGAUCAACCAAUCCGCCAUGCGCAAAAUGAUGUCGGAGAUGAUUCGGCCCCUAUCGAUGUUACUCAAGACUCAAUUGUGCCACUGCCAUGGCAUUUCCAUGUCUGGCAACCCUAUUGGGUCCGGCGACGUGGCUGAAUUAGCUAAUGUCUUUGGAUUGGAUGAUGUGCACAUGAAGAGGAUUGAACUGUCCAAUUGCGGACUCGGCGACGUUGAUCUAGCCAAGAUCUGGAGCGGACUUGUAGGCCAAGCCGAGACUAUCGAAUGUAUCGAUACGUCGAACAACAGUGGGACUGUUGGCUUUGAAACAAUCACUUUUACACUUCAUCAAUUGCGCAAUAUCAAGAAGCUCAACAUAUCGGGCAAUACUAGACUCGUCUCGGAAGAACCACUCUUCUCUGAGCGUGCGCUUAACAGCUGGGCUCUGCAAGAAUUGGAUCUCUCUGGGAUAGUGCUCAACGCUACUACUGUUGUUUCUCUCGCAAGAUAUAUGGAAUCUCCAAUGUCGCAAGGCCUGCAAGUGAUCCGCCUUAAUAAUUGCGGCCUCACUGGAAGUCAAGUUGCCCAGCUCUUCUUUAGCAUGGGUAAGGCCCGGCAUAUGACAGUUCAUAUAAAUGCAAACCGGCUAGAUGACGGCAUCGAUGUUUUGUGUGAUGCAAUUGCCUCUGGCUACGGACCUUGGAGUUUGUUCAUGCAGAUGAUUGAGUUCAGCUAUGAGAUGAGCUUUGUCAAGCUAAUGCGAGCAUUGACCACCAACAAGACAAUAGAAUGCCUGAGCUUGGCCGGUUGUGCCACGCCAGACGCUGUGAGCAGCAUUGCUUGCCAGGCCGCUUCAGAACUCUUCGCCAAGAACGAGACCAUCCGUUUCUUGGAUAUAUCCGGAUAUGAUUCCAAGCUGGAUGAAGGCCGGCUAGGAAGGGAAUUUUCCAAGUCAUUAAGCGGCAUGAAGCACAACAAGCGAAUUGAACAUCUUCGCGUCCGAAGCCAGAUGCUCAACAUUAACAUUGGGGACUUGGCUGAAGCCAUCUCGGGCAACCAAACACUGCACACUCUGGAUUGCGAGGGCAAUGAUUUUAACCUCUCCAACUUCUGGCAUCUGGUGAAGCGCAUCGAGGCCAACACCACGAUCCGGCACUUCUCGGCGUUUUCGGAUGCAGAACUGGCCAAGACCAUCCAGAAAUCCGCAGAAGUUGAUGUGCCGGUGGUGUCAGCACGCCGCUCCUCCGGGCUAUUCAACAAACUCAAGCAUGAAAAGGCUCCGGUGGUUGUGGAGAAGCCCCUUGUGCAGCGGCUGGGCGAUGAGUGGGAUGCCGCAAUUGCGGCGCUAGAUCGAGUGCUUGAAAGAAACCAAAGGGCUUACAACGAAUUACAUGGUAUUGGACAGGCAUCGGCCGACCCAGCACUGGAAACGUGCGAGAUAGAAGAGGGCACGUUCUCAGUCGACUUUGGGGGACUUGCCAGCAAAGAGUUUGAGGCCCAAAACGGCUCCUCUUUGCGCAGGGGUCCCUCCACGUCAAACCAUGGCUCGGAAACAUUAAAGGUUAUCGUAUCGGCGCCUCUCUCGGGUGAAACUUCCGACGAGACGACGAUGCGGCCUUACUCCAUUGUCUCAAGCGACGCGGCUAGUAUCCCGACGACGGACGCCAGUUCCAACAGUGAUGCGGGCAUGACGCCUUCAGAGAUGGAGAGCCCCCCUGAGAAAGAACCCGGGUGGAGCGGUGCUUCAGCUGUCGAAGGGACGGGCGACCCGGCACCCGACGAAAGCUUUUUGAUUUCCGAUAACGAAAUAAGCUUGCUUAUGGGUAAGUACCAAGGCUUUCUCAGCGAUCCGGUGGAACGUAUUGAAGAAGAGGAAAGACCAUGA